GGGACGCGACCAAAACCACAUCUGACGUGAUCAAAACGCGUCAGUCCCGGGUAAUCGCAAACUGCAGUGUUUACGGUUUUAUAUGACGAUUUUAAAUGAAAAGUACUGCAAACGUACGCUAGCCGUGGAAACAAAAUCACAGAGACAAAGUUGACGGACUGUUUCCGAGUGUCGAAGCAAUGGGAACCGCCACUAAAACUCCUCCAGGAGCAGACCCUAAACAGCUAGAGCGCACAGGAACCGUCCGAGAGAUUGGGUCACAAGCUGUUUGGUCACUGUCCUCGUGCAAACCAGGGUUUGGAGUGGACCAGCUGAGGGAUGAUAAUCUGGAAACGUACUGGCAGUCUGACGGCUCUCAGCCUCAUCUAGUGAACAUUCAGUUCAGGAGGAAGACCACUGUAAAGAUGCUUUGCAUUUAUGCUGAUUACAAAUCGGAUGAAAGUUACACCCCCAGCAGGAUCUCGGUGCGCGUCGGAAACAACUUCCACAACCUGCAGGAGAUCCGGCAGCUGGAGAUGGUGGAGCCGAGCGGCUGGAUCCACAUCCCUCUGCUAGACCUGGUCAACAAUCCCAUCAGGACCUUCAUGAUUCAGAUUGCGGUGCUGGCAAACCAUCAGAACGGACGAGACACACACAUGCGGCAGAUUAAAGUCUACACACCCGUGGAGGAGAGCUCCAUUGGCAAAUACCCACGAUGCACCACUGUUGACUUCAUGAUGUACCGCACCAUCAGAUGACAGCAAUAAAUGUGUUUGUGAAGAGAAUCGUAUGAAAAGUACAUGCGCAAAUCUACAGGAAAUAAAUGUGUUUUUUUUAUGACA